AAGCCAUGAAGUGACUGGAGUUUCAUUUCUUGGAACACUGUGUUGGGCUCAGUACCUCUUUGUCUAAGGUUGCAACAUCAUCCAUUGGAAUGCUGAAGCAUGCAGGCGUUAAUUUAAGAGGGUUUCAGGUCAGGUGUGGCACCCCUUGUUGUUGAAUAUCCUGACUGUAUACCCUUACAAAUUCCAAAUGGCCUUAGGGGAGUGGGCCCUGGUGUGCUGAAGAGUGAGGAGAUCUGACGGGAGAGAUUCUGACCAACCCAUUCACAACUGCAACAACUCCGGUUGACUCACUGCACGGUUGAAGAAAAGGCAAAUACAGCUUGCAAAGAAACUACUCAUGGGCGAAUCCGUUGCCAAGCCAUCGCACCUGAGUGUAAGCUCCACUGCCUGAGUGUUUGAACAAGCAGAGACAUGCUGCAAGCCAGCAAAGUGGGCCUUCCACACACACCCAGAGCGCACUCUUAUAACCUACUGUUAGGUGGUCCCUACAAGAUCUUACUCUGUGCUCGUGUUUCCCAUUGGCUGCAGUCAAAUGUUUGUUUCCCGAAGCUCUGCUUCAUCAGCUCGAAAUGUGGAAGAAACGGAAAGCCCGUCAACUGGAAAUUUCAGCUCCCGUCAACUUCCAGCACAGGGUCCACACCUCCUUCGACCCACAAUGCCAGAAAUUUAUUGGGCUUCCCAAGCAGUGGCAGGGGCUGCUGGCGGAUGGCGUAAAGCAGCCAAAACCUCUGGAAGAUCACUCCAUAGUUAUGCCUGAGGAUGUGGCACCAUUAAAGCCUAUCGUCCGUGGAAGUGUACCAGCAAUGAAUAGUUACCUCACAGGGUUGCUGUCCGACCUGAGGGAACUCUCGUUUACAGGAUCCAACUCUUUACGAAGAAAUACCAUUUGCUUUUCCCAAAGGAAAGAGUGGCCACUGAGGGGAUUCAAGGAAGGUGACACUCAAGAAAUGCUGCAAAAGCAUGCAAGUUAUACGGGACGUUGGAGCAGUAAUCUCUCCAGAGAUCAGGAAAGAUGUUGUAAAGGGGAGAAUGGAAGUCUCACGGCUAGGCUCCAUCUGCCAAAGAGUUCACAUUUGCAACAGAAUGAUGGUGGGAUUCACAGGACCAAAUUAACCCAGAACCUGACCGUCCCCUCACUGGAAUAUGAACGGCAGAGAACAGAGUCUUUCAAUAAUGUACAAAGUCUUGCACCUCAACCAGGGAACUCUGUCAACCCACCAGACAGAAGUGCCUUUGGACCAGACUCUCCACAGGGAACAAGACCAAGGAGAAGAAACAGUAUUGGCUGGAGACCCAUUAGCUGCUUUUUCAUUCAGUCCAGCCCGAAGCAGUCAAGAGAUCAGGCUUCCACCUCGGGCACCUCCCCUCGGGCAGACCUCUCACUCGGCACUUCAGCAAGAGUCACCUCAGCUAGCAAGAAUCAGGCAAGCAACCAGCCCAGGAGCAACGGAGGAAUAGUCCAGACCAGUGUUGGAAGUCCGGGGGAAUCCGUGAGGAGGGGGAGCAAAAUGAAGAAUCCUGGAAAUGUUUCAGUGCCAAGUCAAGACUCUCACCAGAUGAGGGGGAGCGUAUCCCAGGGGCAGGUGAGCCUACGGGGGAGUGGCUCACACACACACUGCUCACCUCAGAACAGCCCCACUCUCCGAGAACAUCGUCCUGCCACGGGAGCUGGCAGAGUUACCCACGAGCAGUUCAAGGCUGCCAUAGCAACUGUGGUUGACCAGACUGAUCCCAGGAAGCACCUGGAGUCCUUCAGUAAAAUUGGGGAAGGGUCCACGUGCAUUGUGUGUGCAGCCGUAGAGAAGCAAACGGGCCGCAGAGUGGCGGUGAAGAUGAUGGACCUGCAGAUGCAGCAGCGACGGGAGCUCCUGUUCAAUGAGGUGGUGAUUAUGAAAGACUACAAGCACGAGCACAUUGUGGAGAUGUACAGCAGCCAUCUGGUGGGUGACCAGCUGUGGGUUGUGAUGGAGCUGCUGCAGGGUGGAGCCCUCACCGACAUCAUUUUACAGACCAGGAUGAAUGAGCAGCAGAUCGCCACUGUUUGCCUGUCAGUCUUGAAGGCACUGGAUUACCUACACUCCCAGGGUGUGAUCCACAGGGACAUCAAGAGUGACUCUAUUCUGCUGACACUCGACGGAAGGGUUAAGCUGUCAGAUUUUGGAUUUUGUGCGCAAGUGAACAGGGAGAUUCCCAGACGGAAAUCCUUGGUUGGCACUCCCUAUUGGAUGGCUCCGGAAGUGAUUGCCCGAUUGCCUUAUGGGUCAGAGGUGGAUAUUUGGUCACUCGGGAUCAUGGUGAUGGAGAUGGUGGAUGGAGAACCUCCCUACUUCAGUGAGAAUCCUGUGGAAGCCAUGAAAAUGCUCCGAGACAAGCCUCCUCCCAGGCUGAAGCAGGAACACAAGGUAUCCCCGAUCCUUCGAGACUUCCUGAGCCGGAUACUAAUUCAUGAGGUGCAGCAAAGAGCUAAGCCUGCUGAGCUCCUGGACCACUUCUUCCUUCUGCAGGCCGGGCCGCCUGACUGCAUGGUGCCUUUGAUCCAGCAAUGUAACCAGGGAUGAGGUUACAGAAGAGUACAAGUUUCCAAAAUGCUUUCUCAUCUGUAUUCCUGACCACAGUUUACAUACCACCAGCGGCUGAUAGUAAGCAAGCACUCACAAAACUGCACAAUGUUGUCUGUAAGCAAGAAACAACUCGUCCCAAUUUCAAAUUGCAGUCAGUGACUUUAACCAGGUGUAUGUGAAGAAAACCCUUCCCCAUUAACACCAGCACAUAACCUAUUGCACAAAAGGUCCCAAACACUAGACCACUGCUUUACUGCAAUAAUGAAUGCCUAUUGUUACUUCUCAAGACUGCAUUUUGGCAAGUCAGAUCAUUUGGCUGUACUCCUGCUACCUGCAUACAGACUGAGUCUAAGGCCCAAGGCUCCAGAGAUCAAGACAACAAAGGGGUGGAGGCAGGAGGCUGAGAAACUGUUAUAGGAUUGCCUCGAGUCAAUGGACUGGGCUGUGUUUAAGAACACAUCUGAGGACCUGAAUGUCUACACCAGGGUCAUUACAGACUUUAUUAGAACAGCUGUGGAUGAGUGUGUCCCCACAAAAUCAUUCAGGGUUUUCCCCAAUCAGAAGCCCUGGAUGAACAAUGAAAUCUGGGAUCUGCUGAGAGCCAGGUCGGAGGUGUUCAAGACUGGAGAUCAGGAAUGCUACAAGAGCUGCAGGUAUGAUCUCUGGAAAACCACCUCAUGGGCGAAGUGGAAAUUCUGGGCUAGACUGGAAUCAAUGAGGGAUGCUCAACAGCUGUGAAUGCCAUAACCUCCUACAAAAUUAAAUCUUGUGACACAGAGGACAGCAGAGCUUCGCUUCCAGAUGAGCUCAAUGCCGUCUAUUCUUGCUUUGGCUACCAAAACAGGAAGGAAUUAUUACGCACCCCCACAUCUCCCAAUGAUCCUUUUGUCUCAUGAAGAUGACGUGGGGGCUGCUUCUACAGAGUGAAUUCAAGGAAAGCAUCUGGUCCAGAAGGAGUACCUGGCUGAGUACUGAAGACUUGUGCAAACCAACUGGCUGGUGAAGAUCUUCAACCUCUCACUCCAGAGCAUGUGGUACCCACCUGCUUCAAGCAGGCUUCAAUCAUACCAGUGCCCAAGAAGAGCGUGGUAUCAUCCAGUAGCACUUACAUCCACAGUGAUGAAGUGUUUUGAGAGGCUGGUGUUGAAGGAUAUCAACUCCUGCUGAAAGGAACAAGAUCUACAGCAGAUGCCAUCUCCUUGGCCAUCUUCACACAACCCUGGAACACCUGGACAGCAAAGAUGCAUACACCAGGCUGCUCUUUAUCGAUUACAUCUCAGCGUUUAACACCAUCAUCUUAUCAAAGCUCCAAGAUCUGGGCCUCAAUACGCCUUGUGCAAAUGGAUCUUUGAUUUUCUCACUUGUAGACUCCAUUCAGUUUGGAUUGGCAAAAACAUCUCCUCCAUAAUCUCCAUCAGCCCAGGAGCACCCCAGGAAUGUGAGCACCCCCGGCUUUACAUGCUUUACACCUAUGACUGUGUGGCUAAGUACAACUCCAACACCAUAUGUAAGUUUACUGAUGACACCACUGCUGAGAGCCAUAUGAAAGAUGGUGAUGAAUCAGCAUACAGGAGGGUGGAGAUUGAAAACUUGGCUGACUGAUGUAAUAACAAUAACCUCACACUCAAUGACCAAGGAACUGAUUGUAGAUGUAAGGAGAGGUCCAUGAACCAGUAAUCAUUGGAGGUGGAGAGGGUCAAUAACUUUAAAUUCCUGUGUGUCCUGGACCCAUCGUAUUAAUAUUAUUGUGAAGAAAGCAGGACAGUGCCUGUACUUCCUCAGGAGUCUGCGGCAGUUCGGCAUGUCAUCAAAACCCUUGGCAGACUUGUAUAGAUGAGUGGUGGAAGGUGUGCUGACUGGCUGGUUCCCGGUAUGGGAACACCAAUGGCUUUGAGUGGAAAAUCCAUAAAAGGUAGUGGAAUCGACCCAGUACAUCAUGGGUGAAACCCUCCCAGUCACAGAGCACAUCUACAUGAAACACUGCUGUAGAAAAGCAGCAUCCGUCGUCAGAGACCCUCAGCACCACCCAGGCCACACUCUUUUCUCACUGCUGUCAUCAGGUGGAAGGUACAGGAACCUCAGGACUCACACCACCAGGUUCAAGAACAGUUACAACCUCUCAACCAUCAGACUCUUGAACAAAGGGGGAUAGCUACACUCAUUUAAGGACUUUUUUAGCUUGUUAUUUCAUACUUGUUAUUUAUUGCUAUUUAUUUAUAUUUACAUUUGCACAGUUUGCUGUCCAUUGACCCUGUUUAGAGUUACUGUUCUAUAGAUUUGCUAAACGUGCCUGCAGACAAAGAGUCUCGGUUGUAUGUGGUGACAUGUAUGUACUCCCAUAAUAAAUUUUACUUUGAACUUUGAGCUUCAGGACCAGUGGAUACAGCCUUAGAAUAGAGGGCAUCCUUUUAGAAUGCAAAUGAGGAGGAAUUUCUUUAGUCAGAGAGUGGUGAAUCUGUGGAAUUCAUUGCUACAGAUGGCAGUGAAGGCCAAGUACUUAAGGUAGAGGUUGAUAGAUUUUGGAUUAGUCAGGGCAUGAAGGGAUACAGGGAGAAGGCAGGAGACUGGGACUGAGAAGGAAAAUACAUCGGCCAUGUAUUUUAUACAAUACCAAUGGCAGAGCAGAUUCAAUGAGUCAAAUAGCUUAAUUCUGCUUCUAUAUCAUAUGGUUUUGUAGUCUAUAUAAAGCUAAUCUUUAAACAGUCUGAGACCCUUUAUCAGGACUGGAGUGAGUUGGGAGAGGAAGGUGGAGUAUGGAACCAAAUAAGAGAAAGGGAGUGCUGAUGGGAACAGUAGGACAAGUGUGUAGAGGGGUGACCAGAAUGAGUGGGUGAGAGGGCAAUAGAACUGGGUUUCUGUAAGAGGAGUUGAGUAAUUUAGGAGGAGUGAGGAAAGGAGGGGAGCGGUAUAUGGGAAACCAGAGCGGUCGCAGGGAGGAUGUGCAAGCUCCACAGGGACAUUGACCAAGACCAGGAUUGAACCUGAGUCGCUGGAGCUGUGAUAAGGAAUGGCAGGAGAGGGUAGUUCAGCCCCUUAGAAUCAGAAUCACUGGCGAAUGUCAUGAAAUUUGUUGUUAUGAGGCAGCAGUACAUUGCAAUACAUAAAAUUAAUUAUUAUUAUGUAUAGUGAUAUACUGCUGCUUGAGCACUCUCUACCAUUGAAUAAAUCCAUCCAGAUCCUACAUCACCUGGCUGGACUACAACCCAACAGCAUGAACACUGAAUUCUCCAUCUUGGUCACGAUUUUGUCACCUUAUCCAGUUAGCCAGUUAACAGGUCAAUUGGUUUAUUGAAGUCAAUGCUAUAACCACCUUAUAAACAAGAUCAAUGCUGAAAUUCAUUUAUCAAUAUUCCAGUGAGAUCAGCCCUUCUGAGCUGCUUUUCAGGGGCCCUCUUUUAUGGUCAAUAUUCCUUAUUCUGCACUGUGGGGAAACAUCCUGUAAGGAGAAACAAUCCCAUGUUAAUUAUGUCCUGACGAAGGGUCUCGGCUCAGAACGUCGACAGUGCUUCUCCCUAUAGAUGCUGCCUGGCCUGCUGUGUUCCACCAGCAUUUUGUGUGUGUUGUUUGAAUUUCCAGCAUCUGCAGAUUUCCUCGUGUUUGCUCCAUGUUAAUCAUCAUUGAAAUGUUCCCACCACCUAUGGACAUUUCACCUCAUAUUUUUGAUAUUUUUUACUUAUUUAUUAAUUAUUAUUAUUUCUUUAAUUUAAUACUUGCACAGUUUGUUGUCUUUUGCACAUUGAACGCCCAAGUUGGUAUGGUCUUUAAUUGAUUCUGUUAUGGUUAUUAUGGGUUGGUGGAGUGAAGAUAUGUCUCUACCACAGGAGGUGUAAGGCUCUCCUUCCCUCUGCUAGCCUGCAGGGCAAGGUGUAGCACCUGCUUAGUUUCCCCCACCCCCCACCGCUCGAUCAGAGUCACGUAAGGCCAUGGGAGUAGGUAGUGAAUGGUCGUGUGAGCAGCUGGUGCAUAUCACAAGCCCUGGUCAUGUGACCACUGACGACAGGCAGACAGUCUCUGAAGAGUAUUGAUAAUGGUCUUGUAAAGACACUGCCCAGAAGAAGGCAAUGGCAAACCACUUCUGUAGAAACAUUCGCCAAGAACAAUCAUGGUCAUGAUUAGAGAAAAGAAUAAGCAGAUUAAAGACAGGUGGAAGACCAUGACCACCCACAUCAUACAACACGACGCAUAAUGAUGAUUGUGGUUAUUAUUCUAUUAUGGAUUUAAUAAGUAUGCCCACAAGAAAAUGGAUCUCAGGGUUGUACAUGGUGACAUAUAUGUACUUUGAUAAUAAAUUUACUUUGAACUUUGAGCUGGGUUUUGUUGUAUGUGUACCCAGAGACAGGGAUCAGGUGAACCAAACACACCCACUGGGAUUGGUUGGAGUCAUCUUCCAUUCCGUUGGGUUGAUCAUCAUUGUGUUGAAACCCUGGAAUCUGGCUAGUUUCUCCCACCCGGGGUUGCACAGAGAGUAGGAUUAGUCCGAGACAUCCCACACUGCCAGGUAAGCUAGAGACGGAAUCAAAAUGAGUGAACUGUUAGGUGGAUGCUGUUUGCGGAUAUAAAACCUUCAUUCUUCCUGUCAUGUGCUCGUGCUUACAGAGUAGAUACUAAGGGAGUUGUUGUACACUCACUGUACACUCGCUGACUGGUCACCCAUAAUGUUAGUACAGCACUGGUAGGUUACAACUAUGCUCCUGUUUAAGAUGACUUAGUUUAAUACAGUUGUUAUUUUGAU